GGGCGGGGGUGGGUGCGGCGGGGGUCCCCGGGCGGCCGAGCGCGGAGGAAGGCCAAGAAGGCGGGCAGGGGUCGCGGGAGCCGGCGAAGCGGAGCGGGUAUCUGGCCGACCCCCCAACAGACCCCGCCCCGGCCCCGGCCCGGCCGGAUGGACCCCCCCGCGGUCAAGCGGAGCCGGGGCUGCCCCGCGGCACCGGAGGAGCGCGAUGCCGGGGCCGGGGCCGUGCGCGGCCGGGGCCGGCCCGAGGCGCUGCUGGACCUCAGCGCCAAGCGAGUAGCCGAGAGCUGGGCCUUCGAGCAGGUCGAGGAGCGGUUCUCCCGGGUGCCGGAGCCGGUCCAGAAGCGCAUCGUGUUCUGGUCGUUUCCACGCAGCGAGCGGGAGAUAUGUAUGUACUCGUCGCUGGGCUACCAGCCCCCAGAGGGCGAGCAUGACGCCCGGGUGCCCUUCACCCGCGGGCUGCACCUGCUGCAGAGCGGGGCUGUGGACCGCGUGCUGCAAGUCGGGUUCCACCUCAGCGGAAACGUCCGGGAGUCUGGGGGCCCCGGGGAGCCCGAGCGCCUCUACCGUGUCUCCAUCAGCUUUGACCGCUGCAAGAUCACGUCCGUGAGCUGCGGCUGCGACAACCGCGACCUCUUCUACUGCGCGCACGUGGUGGCGCUGUCACUGUACCGCAUCCGGCACGCGCGCCAGGUGGAGCUGCGGCUGCCCAUCUCCGAGACGCUCUCGCAGAUGAACCGGGAGCAGCUGCAGAAGUUCGUGCAGUACCUCAUCAGCGCCCACCAUACCGAGGUGCUGCCCACCGCCCAGCGCCUGGCCGACGAGAUCCUCCUGCUGGGCUCCGAGAUCAACCUGGUGCAUGGCGCCCCAGACCCCACGGCGGGCGCGGGCAUCGAGGAUGCCAACUGCUGGCACCUGGAUGAGGAGCAGAUCCAGGAGCAGGUGAAGCAGCUGCUGUCCAACGGCGGCUACUACGGCGCCAGCCAGCAGCUGCGCUCCAUGUUCUGCAAGGUGCGGGAGAUGCUGCGCAUGCGGGACUCCAACGGGGCGCGCAUGCUGAUCCUCAUGACCGAGCAGUUCCUGCAGGACCCGCGCCUGGCCCUGUGGCGGCAGCAGGGCGCGGGCAUGACGGACAAGUGCCGGCAGCUGUGGGACGAGCUGGGGGCCCUGUGGGUGUGCGUCGUCCUGAGCCCCCACUGCAAACCAGAGGAGCAGGCCAGCUGGCUCCAGCUGCUCGGCCAGUGGGACAAGCUGGACAUGUGCCCGCUGGAAGAAGGCAAUUACUCUUUCGAUGGCCCCAGCCUGCAGCCCACUGCGCCCCUUGGCCCAGGUAGGGAGGGGGAGGAGGAGGUGGUGGCUGCAGGUUCCCGCCACACCGUGUUCGGCCGUGCCCUGCAGGCCGGGUCACUGCGCUGGAGCGACCCCCACCUGCAGAGGAUCCUGGCCAGCGACUCCUACGGCCCCAGCCUCACAGGCAGCGUGGGCAGCGACAAGCCGACCUUCGACCCCCAGGGCCGCCCACUCUGGCUGGGCGAGCCCUUCCCCACGGCCUGUGCCCGUGUGGACACCCUGCGUGCCCAUGGCUACCCCCGCCAGGCCCUGCGGCUGGCCGGCGCCAUAGUUAACACGCUCCGGCUGCAGCGGCGACACCAGCUUGAGAGCUACAAGCAGCAGAAAAAAGAGCUGCUGCAGAAAGGCUCCACCUGCAUCACCAACACCGAAGGAUGGGUGGGCCACCCCCUGGACCCCAUUGGCUGCCUCUGCAGGGCGCUCCUGGAGGCCUGUCGCCUGGAGGAGGAGACCCUCGCCCUUUACCCAGACUCAGGCCCCGAGAAGCGGAAGGUGGCCUACCAGCAUGUGCCCGUGCCCGGGACCCCUGGGGAGUCCUACUUGGCGCUGGCGCUGGAGGUGGCCCUGCUGGGCCUGGGGCAGCAGCGGGCCCUGCCGGAGGGGCUGUACGCCCAGGACAAGGUGGUGCGCCACGAGGAGCAGCUACUGGCCCUGCUGGAGGAGGUGGAGCUGGACGAGCGGCUGGUGCAGGUGCUGCGCAAGCAGGCGGGGCUCCUGCUGGAAGGGGGUCCCUUCAGCGGCUUCGGAGAGGUGCUGUUCCGGGAGAGCGUGCCCAUGCACACCUGUGCCCGGUACCUGUUCACCGCGCUGCUGCCCCACGACCCCGACCUGGCCUACCGCCUCGCGCUGCGGGCCAUGAGGCUGCCCGUCCUGGAGACGGCGUUUCCGGCCGGAGAACCACACCCCAACCCGCUGGACUCCAUCAUGAGCAGCCGCUUCCCCCGCUGGUUCAUCCUUGGGCACCUGGAGACCCGCCAGUGCGAGCUCGCCUCCGCCAUGCUGACGGCUGCCAAGGGAGACCCCAAGUGGCUGCACGCAGUCCUCAGCUCCAUCCAGCAGAACAUCCACUCACCGGCCCUACUCUUCAAGCUGGCACAGGACGCCUGCAAGACGGCCACCCCAGCCAGCGCGCCACCAGACACCACCCUGCUGGGCAUUGCGCUGGAGCUGGGCCUGCAGGUGAUGCGCAUGACCCUGAACUCCAUGACCUGGCGGCGGAGGGAGAUGGUGCGCUGGUUGGUCAGCUGUGCCACGGAGAUGGGCCCACAAGCCCUGAUGAACAUCAUGCAAAAUUGGUACUCCUUGUUCACCCCGGUGGAGGCGGCCACCAUCGUGGCGGUGACGGGCACCUCCCACGCCACGCUGCUGCGGCUGCAGCUGGACGCGGCCCGGCGGGAGGAGCUGUGGGCCUGCGCCCGCACCCUGGCCUUGCAGUGCGCCAUGAAGGACCCGCAGAACUGCGCCUUGCCCGCGCUCACCCUGUGCGAGAAGAACCACGCGGCCUUCGAGGCGGCCUACCAGAUCGUGCUGGACGCCGCGGCCGGCGGCCUGGGCCACGCGCAUCUCUUCACCGUGGCGCGCUACAUGGAGCACCGCGGCCUGCCGCUGCGGGCCUACAAGCUGGCGACGCUGGCCCUGGCGCAGCUCAGCAUCGCCUUCCACCAGGACAGCCACCCCGCCGUCAACGACGUGCUCUGGGCCUGCUCGCUCAGCCACUCGCUGGGCCGGCAUGAGCUCUCGGCCAUCGUGCCCCUCAUCAUCCGCAGCGUCCACUGCGCCCCCAUGCUCUCGGACAUCUUGCGCCGCUGGACCCUCUCGGCGCCCGGCCUGGGGCCGCUGGGGGCCCGCCGGGCUGCCAAGCCGCUGGGCCCCGACCGGGCGCCCCUCUGCCAGCUCCUGGACGCCGCGGUGGCGGCCUACAUCGCCACCAGCCACUCCCGCCUCACCCACAUCAGCCCGCGGCACUACGGUGACUUCAUCGAGUUCCUGGGCAAGGCCCGGGAGACCUUCCUGCUGGCGCCUGACGGGCACCUGCAGUUCACACGGUUCCUGGAGAGCCUCAAGCAGACCUACAAGGGCAAGAAGAAGCUCAUGCUGUUGGUGCGGGAGCGCUUCGGCUGAGGGCCGCAGGC